AUGGAGCCCCUCGCGCUGCCAGACGCCGUGUCUCCGGAGCCCUCUCCGGACUUCGCUUUCGCGUUCAAUGACGUCAAUUUCUCGGAUAGAAUUCUCCGGAUUGAGAUCAUACCCGAUUUUCCCGUUCCCAAACCGGACCCUGACGUCAGCCUCGCCGAUUGGUCCAGGAACCGGAAACGUCCGCGUGACGAUGAGCUCACGGUUGCAAAUGAACCUAUCGAACAAUGUGAAGAACAUGAUCUGAAUUGCAAUGUGCUGGAUUUGGAAGAAGCAGUUGCUUAUGAAAAUCAAGAGGAAGAAGCUGUUACAAUGGUUGAAGAGUCACCUUUGGAUGCAGAGACUACAUUGCAUGAAUCUGUAAAAUUCUAUUAUCUAAAAGGAAGUGAAGAAUUAUCUUGCAUGGAUCAUUCAGCAGUUCAAGUUAAGACACUCCACAUCAGCUCUCCAAUUUUGGCAGCAAAGAGUCCAUUUUUCUAUAAGUUGUUCUCAAAUGGUACGAAGGAGUCUGAGCCGCGAUAUGUAACUCUAAGAAUUCAGGCCUCAGCUGCCUUCAUGGAUUUGCUUAACUUCAUGUACAGCAACACUCUACCGAGAACACCAACUGCUUUACUGGAUGUGUUGAUGGCAGCUGAUAAAUUCGAGGUGGCUUCAUGCAUGAGGUUCUGUAGCCGAUUAUUACGCGACAUGCCGAUGACCUGUGAAUCAGCCUUGCUUUAUUUGGAUCUCCCCUCGACCGUUUUAAUGUCUGAGACGGUUCAGCCACUGAUGGAUGCCGCCAGAAAAUACCUUGCCACACGUUUCAAGGACCUAAGCAAGUGUUACGAAGAGGCCCUGAACCUGCCGCUCGUUGGGAUCGAGGCUGUCCUGCUCAGCGACGAUCUCCACGUGGCCUCGGAGGACGCCGUCUACGACUUCCUCCUCAAGUGGGCCCAGGCCCACUACUCGAGGCCUGAUCAGCGCCGUGAAAUCCUCAGCACUCGUCUCCUCCGCCUCAUCCGCUUCCCCUCCAUGACCUGCCGAAAGCUGAAAAAGGUCCUCGCGUGCAGUGAAAUCGAACCCGAGGUAUCCUCCAAGCUCGUGCUCGACGCCCUCUUCUUCAAGACCGAGGCCCCGUACCGCCAGCGGGCCCUCGCGGCCCACAACACGGGCUUUCAGUUCCCCCUCCACCGAUUCGUGGAGCGGGCUUACAAGUACAGGCCCGUUAAGGUCGUCGAGUUCGGGGCGCCACAUCAUCAGUGCGUGGUCUACCUGGACCUGAGGCGGGACGAGUGCGCGAAGCUGUUCCCUUCGGGCCGAGUCUAUUCACAGGCCUUCCAUCUCGGCGGGCACGGCUUUUUCUUAUCUGGCCACUGUGAUGUGGACCAGAACAGCUCGUUUCACUGUUUUGGGCUUUUUUUGGGGAUGCAGGGGAAAAGGUCGUCGGGGAUUAAGGUGGACUACGAUUUUUCGUCGAGGAUGAGGCCCACGGAGGAGUUUGUGAGCAAGUACAAAGGGAAUUAUACGUUAACUGGGGGGAAGGCGGUUGGGUUUCGGAAUCUGUUUGGGGUGACGUGGACAGCGUUUUUGGCGGACGAAAGCCCGUAUUUUGUCGAAGGGGUUUUGCACCUGAGGGUUGAGCUUACAGUGAGGAGGAGGUAA